UGCGCCGACAUCAGUGAGACCAACCUCCAGUUGAAAUACCCCGAGUACUCCCGUCGAGGACAGAUCGUCAGUGAAAUCUCAAGCGCUGAGGUUCAAUUCCAAAUCAGAUGGUCGCAAUCCUCAGAACAGCCAAGGCGGUGCUCGCGGGACCGGCGCAGAAGACCCUCCUCUUCGCUCGUGCUUUCUCCUCAUCGCGAACUGCCUUCAACGUCGACAAGGUUUACCCUUCAGCUUUCGAGGCGAUCAAGGACAUCAAGUCCGACAGCACCCUCCUCUGUGGUGGUUUUGGUCUCUGCGGUGUUCCCAACACACUCAUUAAUGCCGUUCGCGACACUCCCUCGAUCAAAGGACUUACUGCAGUAUCAAACAACGCCGGUGUCGAUGGUGGAGGUCUCGGUCAGCUCUUGGAGACUGGUCAGGUGAAGAAGAUGAUCGCUUCGUACGUCGGAGAGAACAAGACUUUCGAGCGCAAGUACUUGAGCGGAGAGAUUGAUUUGGAGCUGACUCCUCAGGGUACUUUGGCUGAGAGAUUGAGGGCUGGUGGUGCCGGUAUUCCUGCGUUCUAUACUCCAGCUGCGUACGGAACUUGGAUUCAGACUGGUGAACUGCCCGUGCGAUACAACCCCGAUGGUACCGUGGCACUCAAGUCGACCCCAAGAGAGGUCCGUGAGUUCGAUGGUCGUGGUUUCCUUCUUGAGGAGGCCAUCAGGGGUGACGUUGCUUUCGUCAGGGCCUACAAGGCCGACAAGCUCGGUAACGCCCAGUUCCGUCUCGCUGCGCACAACUUCAACGGUUCCAUGGGUCGCAACGCCAAGAUGACCAUUGUCGAGGCUGAGCACAUCGUCGAACCAGGAGAGAUCGAUCCUGAGAAGGUUCACUUGCCCGGUAUCUACGUUUCCCGUGUCAUUCAAGCAUCUUCCGAGCCUAAGGGUAUCGAGAAGUUGACCCUCGCAAGGGAUCCUUCGGAGGAUAUCUCCAAGGUCGGGGGUAAGCGCGAAAAGAUCGUCGCCCGUGCCGCUAAGGAGUUCAAGAAUGGAAUGUACGCCAACUUGGGUAUCGGCUUGCCUACCCUUAUUCCUGGUCUCUUGCCUGCCGAUGUCUCCGUUACGCUUCAGUCCGAGAAUGGUAUCCUUGGUCUGGGUCCUUACCCCGUCAAGGGCAAGGAGGACGCCGACCUCAUCAACGCCGGUAAGGAGACCGUUACCCUCAACCCCGGUGCGUCCCUCUUCGGAUCCGAGGAGUCCUUCGGUAUGAUUCGUGCCGGCAAAGUCGACUUGACCGUCUUGGGUGCCAUGCAGGUCUCCCAGUACGGUGACCUCGCCAACUGGGCCGCACCAAACCGCAUCAAGGGUAUGGGAGGAGCAAUGGACCUUGUUGCCAACCCCAAGGCUACUAAAGUUGUCGUCGUCAUGGAGCACUGCGACAAGAAAGGCAGAUCAAAGAUCAUGAAGGAUGUCAACUACCCCAUUACUGGUGUUAGGUGUGUGUCGACCAUCAUUACCGAUUUGGCAGUGUUUGAUAUCGACUUCGACAAUGGUUUGGUGUUGAAGGAGUAUGCGGAGGGUGUUACGAUUGAUGAGAUUAAGGAGAAGACGGAUGCGCCGUUCCGUGUUGCAGACGAUGUUAAGCAGAUGGAUGUCGCUCAUUAA